CUGAAGGCUCAUGGACCCAUCUUCAUAAUAUACUUAUCAACACAGACAACCAUGACCUAUUACCAACAAAUAGACCAUUACAUACAACUCUACAUUUUGUUUACAGACUUCAAAAUAUUAAAAAGAUAGAAUUUCAAAAUCAUGGAACAGCACACCUUCAUGGUGUCUACUGGACAACAACAAGCAUAUUGGAAAUGAUUAACCUAAAUACCAUAUGA